UGAAGUGAAAUUCGCGUGGCCGAGCUGUUCGGAGGCGCCCGAGUCCAGCCGAGCCGUGACGUCACGGCGCUUCCGCUGUCACUCGCCUGGCGUUCUCCGGCAAACAGGGAAUCAGUGCCGAGUUUACAUGGAGUAGCGCCUCCGACGCCACCACCACCACUCUUGUGGAUACAAAGUUUUCUGGCUAAAAAAACGAAGGAAUAGACUAAGGAACGUCCUGAGAAUUGCGAGCAGCGGCUAAGGGAAUAAAGGGGGAAACAACGAAAGAAAAGCGCAAAAAGAAUGGAGCCGGAAUGAAGGAGAAACCUCCACGAGAACUUGCAAUGGAGACUUUACUCGCCGGGCUGUUACUUUACAGCCAUCUCCUUCUAAUUGGCGCAUCGCCUCUCUUGCUCUUUGCAAACAGGCGAGAUGUCAGACUGGUGGAUGUUGGAGAAGCAAAGCCGGAAUCGACUGUGGUGGUCAGUGGUUUGGAGGAUGCUGCAGCAGUUGACUUUCUACACUGUGAAGGUUUAAUUUAUUGGACUGAUGUAAGCGAAGAGGCCAUCAAGCAAACAUUUUUCAACCAGUCUGGGAAUGUUCAAAAGGUGGUUGUUUCUGGCUUACAUUCUCCUGAUGGCUUGGCUUGUGACUGGCUGGGAAAAAAGCUGUACUGGACAGAUUCUGAAACCAACAGAAUAGAGGUUGCUAAUCUCAAUGGAACAAUACGAAGAGUGCUGUUUUGGCAAGAUCUGGACCAACCAAGAGCGAUCGCUUUAGAUCCGGCCCAUGGAUACAUGUACUGGACUGACUGGGGAGAAGAACCACGGAUUGAACGUGCAGGCAUGGAUGGCAGUACCCGUGAAAUUAUUGUGGAUUCAGACAUCUUCUGGCCUAAUGGUCUCACUAUAGAUCUUAAUGAGCAAAAACUGUACUGGGCAGAUGCCAAGCUGAGUUUUAUUCACAGAGCCAACUUGGAUGGUUCUUUGAGGCAAACAGUGGUUAAAGGAACAUUGACGCAUCCAUUUGCAUUAACUUUAUUCGGCGAUACUUUAUAUUGGACUGACUGGCAAACCCGUUCGAUUCAUGCCUGUGACAAGAAGACAGGGGAGAAGAGAAAGGAAAUACUCAAUGGGAUCUAUUCGCCCAUGGAUAUCCAAGUUCUGAGUUCAGAAAGGCAGCCAUACAUUCGAACACCCUGUGAAGAGAACAAUGGUGGAUGCACUCAUUUAUGUUUAUUGUCACCACAAGAGCCUUUCUAUAGCUGUGCAUGUCCGACUGGUGUCAAACUACAGGAGGAUGGGAAGACUUGCAAGUCAGGUGCUGAAGAAGUACUGCUGUUGGCUCGCAGAACAGACUUGCGUCGAAUUUCUCUUGAUUUGCCUGACUUCACAGACAUUGUUUUGAAAAUUGAUGAUAUUCGACAUGCUAUAGCAUUGGACUAUGACCCUGUAGAAGGCUACGUUUACUGGACCGAUGAUGAAAUUAAAGCUAUCAGGAGGGCCUUUAUUGACGGUAGUGGCGCUCAAACGCUGGUAACUAAUGAAGUGAACCAUCCUGAUGGAAUAGCAGUCGACUGGGUAGCACGCAACCUUUAUUGGACUGACACUGGAACAGAUCGCAUUGAGGUGACUCGGCUUAAUGGAACAUCCAGAAGAAUUUUGAUAUCUGAGAAUUUAGAUGAACCAAGAGCAAUAGUGCUUGAUCCAAUCAGAGGGUACAUGUAUUGGACAGACUGGGGAGAAAAGCCAAAGAUUGAACGUGCCAAUUUGGAUGGAAGUGACCGCAUUGUGCUUUUGAAUAGUUCUUUGGGAUGGCCCAAUGGUUUAGCUAUUGACCAUUCAGCAGGCAAGCUUUACUGGGGAGAUGCCAAAACGGACAAAAUUGAGGUUAUUAAUAUAGAUGGCACAGAAAGAAGAACAAUAUUAGAAGACAAAUUGCCUCAUAUUUUUGGGUUUACAUUACUUGGGGAUUAUAUCUACUGGACGGACUGGCAGAGAAGGAGUAUUGAAAGAGUUCAUACCAGCAAGGCUAUCAGAGAAAUUAUCAUAGAUCAACUUCCUGAUCUAAUGGGUCUGAAAGCAACAAGAGUCACAACAGUUUUUGGGACUAAUCCAUGUGCCGACAACAAUGGAGGCUGUAGCCACCUGUGCUUCCACAGGCCACAGGGCCCGAAGUGUGCUUGCCCAAUGGGUCUUGAACUGCUGAAUGACAUGAAAUCCUGCGUUGUACCUGAAGCCUUUCUUCUCUUCAGCAGCAGAGCAGAUAUUAGAAGAAUUUCUCUGGGCACAAAUCAUAAUGAUGUGGCUAUUCCCCUCACAGGAGUAAAAGAAGCGUCAGCACUUGAUUUUGAUGUUUCUGAUAACAGAAUAUAUUGGACGGAUGUUAGCUUAAAGACCAUAAGCAGGGCAUUCAUGAAUGGUAGCUCAGUGGAACAUGUGAUAGAGUUUGGACUCGAUUACCCUGAAGGGAUGGCUGUUGAUUGGAUGGGGAAGAAUCUUUACUGGGCAGACACGGGAACAAAUCGAAUUGAAGUGGCACGUCUGGAUGGUCAGUAUCGACAAGUGUUAGUAUGGAAGGACUUGGAUAAUCCUCGAUCACUGGCACUUGAUCCAGCUAAUGGUUACAUGUACUGGACCGAAUGGGGAGGAAAACCAAAGAUAGUAAGAGCUCAUAUGGACGGUGCCAAUAGCACAACAUUGGUAGAUAAAGUGGGGAGAGCAAAUGGGCUCACUAUUGAUUACACUGAUCAACGAAUCUACUGGACAGAUCUGGAUACGUGCAUGAUUGAGUCCUCUGACAUGCUCGGUCAGCAAAGGGAGGUUAUAGCUGAUGAUCUCCCCCAUCCAUUUGGACUCACCCAGUAUCGAGAUUAUAUUUAUUGGACAGACUGGAAUCUUCGUAGUAUCGAGAGAGCCGACAAGACAAAUGGGCAAAACCGCACAGUAAUUCAAGGACAUCUGGACUAUGUUAUGGAUAUUUUGGUUUUCCACUCUUCACGCCAAGAUGGCUUAAAUGAGUGUGCACAGAACAACGGGCAGUGUGCCCAUCUGUGUUUGGCUGUACCUCAGGGAUAUAAGUGUGGAUGUGCAUCACAUUACAUUUUGGAUUCCGACUCAAAGAAUUGUAGCUCUCCUUCUAGCUUCCUUCUCUUCAGCCAAAAAACUGCCAUUAGCCGCAUGGUACUGGAUGAACAGAGCCCGGAUAUUAUUCUUCCAAUUCAAGGACUGCGAAAUGUUAAAGCUAUAAGUUAUGAUCCUCUGGAUAAACUUAUUUACUGGGUGGAUGGUCGUCAAAACAUCAUUAAGAGAGCCAAGGAUGAUGGCCAGCAGCCAUUUGUUGUAGUCUCCGCAUCAAACCAGGUUCAGAAUCCUGAAAAGCAGCCUCAUGACCUGAGUAUCGAUAUUUUCAGUCGCACUGUGUACUGGACGUGUGAGGCCACUAACACGAUUAAUGUUCAUAGACUGAAUGGGAAAGCCAUUGGUGUAGUGCUUCGUAGAGAACAUGACCGUCCACGAGCAAUUGUGUUGAAUGCUGAAAGAGGGUACAUGUACUUCACUAACAUGCAAGAAAGAUCUCCUAAAAUUGAACGAGCUUCAAUGGAUGGGACAGAAAGGGAGGUUCUCUUUACCACUGGAUUGAUUAGACCUGUUGCUUUAGCAAUUGACAACAAGAUUGGAAAACUGUUUUGGGUUGAUGCAGAUCUUAAACGCAUUGAAAGCAGCGACUUGUCUGGUGCUAACAGGAUUACACUUCAGGAUUCUAACAUUCUCCAACCCAUGGGGUUAACAGUCCUUGGCGAGUAUCUUUACUGGAUUGACAGGCAGCAGCAGAUGAUUGAAUGUGUUAAUAAAGCAAAUGGUGAUAAAAGGACAAGAAUACAAGCAAGAAUCGUUCAUUUGACUGGUAUUCAUGCCGUGGAGGAAAUUGAUACCGUUGAAUUUUUAUCACACCCAUGUUCCCAUGAUAAUGGAGGCUGCUCUCACAUCUGCAUUGCAAAAGGAGAUGGAACCCCUCAUUGCUCCUGUCCUGAUCAUCUGGUAUUGUUACAGAAUCUCCUAACCUGUGGAGAACCACCAACUUGUUCCCCCGAGCAUUUUACUUGUGCCACUGGUGAAAUUGACUGUAUUCCAAUGGCUUGGCGCUGUGACGGAACAGCAGAAUGUGAAGAUAACAGCGAUGAGGCCAACUGUCCGGUGUGCUCUGCCACGCAGUUCCAGUGUGCGAAAGGCCAGUGUAUAGAGUUAAGUUUGAGGUGUAAUGGUGAAAUUGACUGCCAGGAUAAGUCUGACGAGCAGGACUGCAUUGGGGUAGAAUGUCAUCCAAACCAGUUCCGUUGUGGCACAACGCAGUGCAUCUUGUCGAAACAGCAAUGUGAUUCCUUCCCAGACUGUAGUGAUGGCUCUGAUGAGUUUUUCUGUGACUACCUUGUGCCUUCUCCAGAUGGACCACAGACUCACAGCAGUGCUAUUGGACCGGUUAUUGGCAUCAUUCUGUCGCUGUUUGUCAUGGGUGGAAUGUAUUUUGUCUGCCAGAGAGUGGUGUGUCGUCGAUACAAGGGGCCAAAUGGACCUUUUCCUCAUGAAUAUAUUAGUGGCACUCCUCAUGUGCCUCUUAAUUUUAUAGCCUCUGGCAGCUCUCAGCAUGGUACAUUCACUGGCAUCUCCUGUGGAAAAUCAAUGAUGAGUUCCAUGAGUUUGAUGGGUGGUAGUGGCAGUGGAGCCCCAUUGUAUGACAGAAAUCACGUGACAGGAGCGUCCUCUAGUAGCUCCUCUUGUACGAAGGGGACGUUCUAUCCACAGAUUUUGAACCCACCUCCUUCACCAGCAACAGACCGCUCUCUUUACAAUACGGAAAUGUUUUACUCCUCAAAUAGUCCCUCAACCACCAGAUCAUACAGACCCUACCUGAUGCGAGGCAUUGCACCACCAACAACCCCAUGCAGCACUGACGUUUGUGAUAGUGAUUAUACGACAAGUCGAUGGAAGACAAACAAGUAUUACAUUGAUUUGAACUCUGACUCGGACCCUUAUCCGCCGCCACCUACUCCCAGGAGUCAGUACAUGUCUGCGGAGGAGAGCUGUCCUCCCUCUCCAUCUACAGAACGCAGCUAUUUUCAUUUGUGCCCUCCACCUCCAUCUCCCUGUACAGACUCCUCAUGACCCUACACAGAAGGACUUUUUCUUUGGCAUUUGUAAAUAUUUUUUAAAUAUGAUCAAAUAAGAUAACUAUAUUUUAUAAAAUAUGGGCUGUAGCCAUUUUGUGGGUUGGGGUGGGUUGGUUGGGGAGCAGAGCACAAAGAAUCAGGAUGUGUGAAAUUUUGUACAGCAGAAAAAUAUUUAUAAUUUUUAAAAAUUUACUUUUUAAUUCAUUGUCACCUGUAUGACAAAUAACCUGCAUCAUAAUUUUUAAUAAACACUAUAAAGGUUUUUAAAAAAAGAAGAAAAAAACCGUAAGCAGUCACUUUGAUUUAGAAAAUUUCUGAAAUUUAUCUAUACUUUUUUUUUUUUUGAGAGCCAACAGAUUUCCCAGUGUAAACCGUCAUUAAAAUAGACUUCAUGCAUUGAAGGAUUUUAUUAUCAUGAUAAAAAAAGUUUGUGUAAUAUGUUCUCAAUUAUCUGUGCCACUAUUAAUUUUCCUUUAGCUUGUCAAAAGAAGAUUCAUGAAGGUGUAGUUAAAAUUAGAAUGAAAGAGAAAUCAUACUUAUUUGUUUUAAUACAGUAGGAAAGAAGCAGGCAAGCGAAUGUCAGAGGCCGAUGCCAGGCAGUUAAGUAAAUAGAGGUUGUAGGAAAGGAGAAAACAUUGUUUUCAAUAUUUAUGACCACUAUAAAGGCCAUGUUUUCUGUGUACAUGUAUAUGUGUGUGUGUUUGUGUAUGCCUAUGUAUACAGAUAUAUCUGUACAUCUUUUGUGUGCACAUGCACACUUUUCUGGGUUACAAGUUCAAAGUGUGUCUGUCUUUGUGUUUUAUAGAGUUUCAUUUGGGAGUAUUUAAAAUUUAUAUUUUAAUUUGAUAUCACAGCUUUAUCACAAUCAGUAUUCAGUAUCUAGUUAUAGAUAUGUGCUGUUUAACAGUCCUUUAAUCCGUAAACACACACAAUAUACUUAGGAAGUGCAAUUGCAUUAAUUACAUCUGGGUGUUCUGUUUAUUCAAUAGAAUUUAAAAACUUCUCUAUGGGUACAUUUUGCAACUUGCUAUGUGAAAAACACCAGGUUUACCUCCAGAUUAAGAUUUUUAUUUGAACCACAGAUUAUCCAGGUGCAUCGCAUAUUGAUAAAAUGUUUUUGUUUUUUUUUGACAGUUAAUAUUAACAGAACUGUAAUGUUUAGUCUAAUUUUAUUUUUUAGUCUGUAGCCAGAAUUCUUUAAAGUUUUGCAUAAUUGAGAAUGUUUUUUUUUCAGUUCUUAAUAUGUAGCUAUAAUAGUGGGAAUUUCUGCAACUUUGCAUGUGAUUCCUUUCCAUUUUCACUAAAUUAUUAAAUUUACAAGCCUUUAUUUUGCCUUUUGCUGAACAUUUGCAAUGAUAUUUAUUUUCUGGAGGAAUCUCAAAUGUCGCUGGAUAAUAAAACACAAUUUACAAGAAAUAUUCUCUACUUAAAAUAUUUAAAUUCUCUGAAAUAUCAGACUUUGAAUCAUUAUUUAAUGGACAUGUUUGGUAUUUUUCAAGUCAGCUAUUUCUUCACAAACAUGGGAUAUAUGCAUUUGUCAUGCAAAAUUGCACUCUAAAGUUAAGCAUUUUCUAUAAAUAAAAUAUAUAUAUUUCCUGCACUGCCGCUUAACAGUGUAAGAAAAGCUUGAAAAGUUACCACAUGUUUCCACUUUUCAAACCAAAACAGCUGUCAAGUAUUGAUCUGUGAGUUCCGUGUUUCCUAUGUAUAUUUGUUGACAGAAAAGAGAGAUCUGGAAAUACUGAUUUUUGUCUCCUAUUCCUUGUACUAUUUUUCUACUGGUAAGGCUGUGUUUUCUAUUCGCUUGUGUGAGUUUUCACAUAAAUGUGGAAGCGAAUCAAAACAAAACCAAUCACAUAGCACAACAAGUUUACUGCGAUUUGCUCUUUCGAGGAAGUGAAAGUUUAUUGCGCCGGAAGACUUAAGUGCCGAGCUAUUGCUCAUGUCUGGUUGUCUUUUAAAAUGGCUGAAUCUCAUAAUAUUGGUGUUUUUGUUCUAAAAUGACAUGUAUAAACUGUUUUACAAUGUGUGUGUGUGUUAUUGCAAGACGCAGAUCUUUACUCGACAACUAUCUUGGCAUGAAAAAUUGACUUAUUUGGCAGGUUUAAAACUUUUCUUCCAUGCCUCAUAGUUUGCAAUGUAAAGUGCCAGUGUGAACAAGAUAUGUUACCAAAUUUAUAGAAAACACUUUAGAACAUAAUUUUGCAGGACAAAUGCAUGUGUGUCAGGUUUGUGAAGAAAAAUACCAAACUUGUCCUUUAAGUGAUCCCUUCUCAUUUUACCUGCACUGUGUGCUGAUAACUAUUUUGUUUUUUUCUUCUCCCACAAUAAAUAAAUGAAAGUUAGAUUUUUCAAAUCUACAGUAUAUCGCAAUCUUAAAAACUCAUUUGGAAUAAGUAUGUAAAAUCUUCUUCUUUCGCUGCUCCCGUUAGGGGCUGUCACAGUGGAUCAUCAUCUUCCAUAUCUUUCUGUCCUCGUCAUCUUGUUCUGUCACACCCAUCACCUGCAUGUCCACUCUCACCACAUCCAUAAACCUUCUCUUAGGCCUUCCUCUUUUUCUCUUCCCUGGCAGCUCUAUCCUUAGCAUCCUUCUCCCAAUAUACUCGGCAUCUCUCCUCUGCACAUGUAAAAUAGUUACAAAAAAAAAAUGUUUAACUUUAAAACAUGCAUUAAAAUUUACCCAGCAGUCCGUAUCUUACACUUUUUUUUAGUAAAAUGUAUUUUUCAUGCUAUGAAGCACAAUCUUUGAUCAAGAAAUUCUGUUGCAAUAAAAUAUAAACUUGAGAACAGCGCCCUCUUGGGAGCACUGCAGGCGUAACAUGUGAUUCUAUACAUUUGUAUCACUUCUCUCUAGUAAUUUGAAACACUUUACAUAAUUUGGACUUACUAGUGAGUUGCGAUUAACUCUUUCAAAAACAUUCAUUGUCUGGUUGCCAAACUGUAUACCUUCUGUGUUGCUUUUUUAACAUAUGUUGAUUGAAACCAUGUUGUGAAACUUUGAAUACUUCUGUAGUCCCACAGUGAAUUCAUUUAGCAUCUUUGUGAUAGUAAUUUUAUUAGUGACUGGCAGAUAAGCAUCAACUAAUUACUGUAGGGAAAGCAUUAAGGCCACAGUAUGGGGUGCACACUGUACUCUUGUUUUAGGCAGCAUUGACCGUCAGUAAUGCCAAAUGAAUUCCUCUGCUUGAUUCUAGUUCUUUUGCCAGUAAAUGUGGUUAGAAACGUCUAUAAUUAUAGAAUGAGCAAAUGAUGCUCUUAUCUGUUCAGUGUAACUAUUUUAAUUUCAAAAAUAUUUAUUUUAAACCUCUCUAAGUGACAGUUUCUGCAGAUUCAGAUCUUAAUUCAUUUUGUUUUUCACCCAUACAAAGCAAAUAAGGUCCCAUAAGUGUGUGUACACGUAACCUAAUGAUUACCCAGGCAACUCACCCCUUACUGAAAACUGGUACAACAAAUAAAAUUCCAUUAAUACUGGCUUGUUCUUUAAAUUAAUUUUAAAUAGAAAUUGUGAGUUUGCAGUAAUUAAACAUUUCUACAAGCUACAGUGGAUAUCUUUUAGCUGUGUAACACUGCUGUCACUGCGAGCCCAUCAACACAUGCCUGUUAAAUAUAAUGGCUCUGUGUGAUGUGGCUCUGGUUAUGGAGCCAAGCCUUUAGUGGCUCACACUUGCUUGGAUGUUCAGUCGGGUUGAAAGGGAGGAGUGUGUAGGUCACUGACAAAAUAAAAAAUGUCUUUCUGAGGAACAAAACUACAUAAUUUGUCCAGCUUUUGGGUAAAUCAGUAAGGAAGACUACAGAAGCAGUCACUCACCAUGUACUUUUGUAAUGGAAGUUAUCAUACGGUUCUUUCAGAAGAUGAUCUGUAGUGUUUCAGUUGCCAAGUUACAGUAAAGCUAGAGAAUUUGUUGGGACAUUUUUUCGUUUUGAGUGCACACUUUUCUUUGAACCUCGUUGAACACAUUGUGAAAGACCAAACACUUAAACAGUAUAGACCAGACAGAGCGUUACUCCAUCAUAUGUAACAUGCUUAUAUGGAUGGCUUACAAUGAAAGCAGCAGCAGCAGCACAUGGGAGCCAGGGUUUAAACUUACUGACUGUAACCAUGUGUGGCUUCAGAAUAGUCGGUGCUGGCUAUCUGUGAAUAUUUAAUUUUAUAAAACCGUUGAAUUUGUUCAAGAAAACAUGAACAAUUAAGGUACUUUAAACAAUGAUAGACUUGACCACAAAGAAAUCUUUAAUGUGACUUGCACAAUAAUUGAAAUUAAAUGAAACCAGGUACAUUUUACAAAGAUUUUAAUACAGGACAGUUAAUUUUAUGAGUGUUAACUUGAAAGAGGGGGAACCAUCACAAAAGCUGCUUUAAUAAAGCUCCUCUAUUAUGUACCAACAGCAGCUGGAAGGCAAAACAGCCAUUUUGUCGUCCUGCUUUCAGUGGUCUCAUUUUCCUUUUCUACACAUGUCAAGUGAUGUUGCCUGUCAGCCCUUAAGAAACACAAAUAGAUGCCAGUGUCAGGUUUGACUUCAAAAAGUUUAAAAAAAAAAAAAAGAUUUUAAAAUGAAAUUACUGUAGUUUUGUUUCUACGAUAAUCAAUGCAACCUAUGGUGGACUAACACCAUGUCUAAAGAUUGUCCCUUCCUUAUGCCUGAUACUUGCUGGGUUAGGCUCCAGCUUUCCCAAAACCCUGCUCUGGAUAAGCGGGCUUAGAAAAUGGAGGGGUGGAUGAAUGAUAAUAAAUAAAUGUGUCCACUCUGUCUUUUUGAAUUGUUUCAUCGUUCAUACCCUUGUGACUUUUAGUGUAGUGACUUUAAACAACUUUGGGGGAAAUAAAUAAAAUUAAUGUGACCAUACAAACAAGUAGCUACUUACGGUAUUCUGUAUUUUUUUUACUAAAUAUUCCUUUUAAAAUUGUUUUAAAGUUAUUUAAUGGAAUGUACACUUACUUGCAGUUUGUUUUAAUUGUCUGUCUCUGUCUGUCUGUCUCUCUCUCUCUCUCAUAGAUAUAUAGAUAGACAGAUCUAUAUAGAUAUACAGUAUAUAGAUAUGUGUGAGAAUGUGUGUAUAUGUAUACAUAGUACAGUGUAUUAUAUAUAUAUAUAUAUAAUAUAUUAUUUUAUAUAUAUAUAUAUAUAUCCCCCGAAGCUGAUUCAAUUUUCAUCAUUAAGGUUUUGGCCGAGUUUUACAGCCGAAUGCCCUUUCUGACACUAACCCCUCUCUGUUUAUACAGGGCUUGGGACCGCCACCAAGUUGAGCUGAUUUACCCUCCCCCCUUCCAGUGGCUUGAUUUUUUUUAUAUAUAUAAUUUUCCAUACGUGUGUUACAUAUACAGUAAUUGUAUGUACAUAGCUAUACUAUUGUGCAGUAUACUAGUACUAAAAAAAAAGGAUCGGAACUACCCAAUUUUGAAAUCUGUAUUAUGUCAGCAGUAUGAAGAAUUUGAUAAUUUUGCUGUCAGGUCUUGAAGUGGACCAUCCUGGAUUUUUUUCCCCAGUGCACCUUAUUCUCAGAACCACUGGGUCGGCGGGGUUAACCUAAACUUAAUCCCCACACCCCAUUCUUUGAAGCAUCAGUUGUAUAAUAGUGGGGUCUAAACUCUAAAGGGGCCACCAUUGUAACAUGUGUAUAUAGAUGGCAGACCCGGGAGAUAGUGUGGGAGUUGGAAUUGCCUUGAACAUCAGGCUCCACAUGUGUGUGGUCCACGGGAACGAAGCAGCUGGAAGCUGUGGAGUUAUCUGUUGUUUUCUUUGGUAUUGUCUUGGUACUGGUACUGAGGUGCUAAAGCUGGUAUUGGUACCAAAGUCAAAAUGUUUGUAUUGAUUCAACUCUAAUCUGUACCUGCAUAUAUGUACAUAUAUACACACACACAUACAGUAUAUAACAAUACUUCUGAAUCUGACUCAAAUUAUUCUGUCCCUCGUUUAGAAAUGCCAAGCCAUGUUCAUUACUUGUUGGGAUGUUCUUUGUGCAUUUCAUACAUCUAUUCAGUUUUAUUCUCUUGUUCAGAUUUCAUAUGCAUUUGCUUACCAAAAGAAAGUGCUGAUGACCCUUCCCAAAAACACCUGAAUGAACUUUUCUUUGAUACGUAAAGCUGUGCCAUAGAAUUCUGUGACUACAAAUUUUAAUGUAACAAUAUUCUCCAUUUAACUGUUAAGGAAGGACAAAACCAAAGGAAAGAAAUAUCCAUUUAUUUGUGUACUGAGAGCUUUUGAGGGAAAAAUCCAGAUGUCUUUUGACUUGGAAAGCUAAAUUAAACAGGUUGGAGUUCAUUUAACUUUACACGUUGAGGUGUCACUGAAUGAUGACUGGCAAAGGAACAGAAGAGCUGGCUAAAAUGAAGGCCUGCAUGGGCACACAAGCAGAACUCGAAAAAUGCAGACUUGUGCUGCAUGUUGUCAGCUGUCCGCCCAAAGCAAUUUUUUGGGUGGAACCU